GGACGCAGCGUCGGGUGUUCGCCCAGCCAGGCGGCCAGUGUGCAUCCCAGGACGCAACAUCAGUGUAGCUGGGCCUCAACUUCCAUCCGAUCACUGAAACUUCGGACGCUUUUGGAAACUUACAAAAGAAAAACAAACAAAAAAAAACAUGGGUUGCUUUGAGUGCUGCAUCAAAUGUUUAGGCGGGGUGCCGUACGCGUCGCUGGUGGCUACAAUCUUGUGCUUUUCUGGAGUCGCCCUGUUCUGCGGAUGUGGCCACGUGGCUCUCACUGGGACUGUGACCAUCCUGGAAACCCACUUCUCCAGGGUUACCAGUGACCAUGCCAUGCUGACUGACGUAAUACAGCUGAUGCAGUAUGUCAUCUACGGCAUUGCUUCGUUUUUCUUCCUCUAUGGGAUCAUUCUGCUGGCUGAGGGCUUCUACACAACCAGUGCAGUGAAGGAACUGCACAGUGAGUUCAAGACCACCAUCUGUGGGCGCUGCAUCAGUGGAUUGUUUGUGUUCCUGACGUAUAUUCUGGGUGUGGCCUGGCUCGGUGUUUUCGGCUUCUCUGCUGUGCCAGUUUUCCUUUUCUACAACAUGUGGUCUACCUGUGCCGCUAUGAAGUCUUCCGUGGCCAACUUCACCAACAUUGACUCAAUCUGUGUGGAUGUCCGUCAGUAUGGAAUUAUCCCAUGGAACGCCACACCCGGCAAGGCCUGUGGAUCUACACUAGGUGACAUCUGCAACUCCAAUGAUUUCUACCUGUCUUAUCACCUGUACAUCGUAGCAUGUGCUGGGGCAGGAGCCACUGUGAUCGCUCUGAUCCACUUCCUCAUGAUUCUCUCAGCAAACUGGGCCUACCUUAAGGAUGCCAGUCAAAUGCAUGCCUACCAAGACAUCAAAUUGAAGGAAGAGCGGGAGCUGCAGGACAUCACCUCACGCUCAAAGGAAUGCCUCAAUUCCUACACAUAAGGAUAUUACAUGCUGACACUCCACAGUCCACAUGCACACACACAAACACAUUUACAAAGACACACAGCCGCUGAGGCCAACCACUGUGGCCUGUUUGGACCAAGACAACGCUCAGCUAAAAUAACCUGCCAACUGCCCUGACACUGUGCAGUACUAACCAGGCUUCUAACAAACUAAUGCAUCAGUGUUGCUUUCUGCACUAACAUGCCAAGAAGUGUUUUUGGAACAGCUACUUUACAUUUCAUUUCUGCAGUUUUUUUUUUUUUUUUUCUAUUUUGUAGUGUUCAGAUGAAAAAAAAAAAAAUCAUUUUAAAUCCAGUUUUCAUGUAGUCUGUGAUUUUCUCUAGCCCUUUAAAUGACCAGUUUUGCUGGUGAAGAUUAAGACCUUGCACUAUUCUUACACAACUCAUAAUGAUGACAGAUUGUUUCACAGUUUUGUUCUUCUUUUUUUUUUGUUUGUUUUUACCUGUGGUGGCCAGUUGUAACAACAGAAUGUAUAAGUUUUCUAUUUCUCCAAAUGCAGAUGAAUUAAGAAAGGCCUUAAAUCUAAUCUGACUCUGAAAAAAUGUGUGUCAAAAGCAAAAUCAGCAUUGUAUUGACACCAGUCUAUUAUGUGUCACAAAUCGGAAAUUGAUUUGACUGUACAACUGAGGAGAAACCUAAUGUGCAAUUCUGUUGCAAAUGAAGUGGUGAUACAGUACAUGGUCAGUGUUUUUAGACUCCUUCAAACUGAAGAGCGUAGUAUAACUUCAAUGCAAUCUUAAAUUAAAGAAGUGUUAAUAAUUAGACCUCAAAUAAUUUUGUUGUAUAGCAACAAAAAAAAAAAAAAAAAAAAAAAAAUUAAAUGUUUUGGCUUGCAUUAACACUACCUCAGAUGUGACCAAGAGCCUAUGAACACUUUUAACCCUUUUACAAAUAUAGUUGCAAAAUAACCUCAAAACAACACUUCAAACAAAUGAUAUGCAGAAGGUAGCUAUAGGUUAAACCAUGUAUGUACAGGGGGCUACUCUACAUCAAUGCUAUAAAUAUUAUUUUUAUGGAUAAUGCCAUUAAAGUCAACUGUUUGCUAAUUGUGGCCAAUAAUAACAGCAUAUUCACUGUAUUUAAUCAUUUUAAUAGUUUGAACUGUUUAUAUUUAUGUAGACAAAUAAAAUAAAGAUCAGCUUCACACUGAUCUGUAAUAAAACCUGUUGUAAAAUCUAUACCAUAGGGUGAAAAUGCUCCAAGUUUAUUAAAUGAGUUGAAGUUUAGAAAAUCAUUUCCUGUGAAUUUUGGUACUAUGGAAAAACCUAUAGAGCUAAACAGCUUUAGAUACGAACAGUGUCAGUCUGUUACUAGUCAGGAUUUUAGUGAUAUUGUCCUGUUUUUUCAAAU